AUGACUGAGCCACUCGCAGAGGGGAGCGAGCGAGCGGCAGUGCGAGGGGAGCUCCACGUCAUGCUGCAAUGGCGAGAGGUGGAUUUCCAGGAACGAUGCACCUACAUCGUGAAGGACCAGCCGUGCGAAAUGCUCACGCGCCCCGACUUCCCUCGUGCACAAGCCUCCUUACCCCGAAACUUGGCCUUCCAGUGCAACAGCAGCCACAAGGUGGUGGCGGUGCUGAGCCGAGAGUACAUCCCGCCGGGCACGCGCUUUGGGCCGCUGGUCGGGGAGGUGUACACCAAAGAGAACGUCCCAAAGAACGCAGACAGGAAGCACUUCUGGAGAAUUUACACCCCGGGGGGUGAGCUUCACCAUUUCAUCGACGCCCGUGACCCCCGCCGCAGUAACUGGAUGCGCUACGUCAACCCCACCCCUGAUGCCCCAGCCCAGAACCUGGUGGCCUGCCAGAAUGGCCUGGAGAUUUACUUCUACACCCUGAAGCCCAUCGUGACAGGUGCCGAGCUCCUGGUAUGGUACAACCACGAGUUCGCUGAGCGCUUGCACUGCCCGCUGCCGGGGGAGCUGGCCGAGGAGCUCGAGCACGAUGGUAUCUGGAAAUCUACCGCAAAAGCCCCCACCACACCGGGGCCUCAGCCACCACACGGGGGCUCGGCCGCCAACCCAAACCUCACAGCUAAGCUCACAAAGAACAAGGAGGAGGCAGAGGGCGAUGAAGAUGAGAGCGAUGACGUGGAGGCGCUGGACAGGGGCCUGCAGCCGAGCCCAGCAGGAUGCCGACACAUGGCGUUGGAUAGGCAGCUCCCCCAGGAAGCCAAGCAGUGGUCCCUGGGGCUUAGCCCUUUCCCCAAUUUCCCUGGCAAGGAAGGGGCGCCUGAGAAGUCCAGCCCUCCAUGCCAAAGCGCCGCGAGCCCCAGGAACCAGCCAGUCCUCAACUGCUGCCCGUACGGCCCAACUACCUCGCUGUGCAAGGAGCUGCAGCGCUGCCUCAGCAGCCUUUACCCCUCCUGCCCUCUGUAUUUGCCAAUGGGCCACCUGCCCCAGCCAUAUCUUUAUGCCUGCAGCACCAUCCCUGCCCACUACCCCCAGUUUGCGCUGCCCCCCCACGCCGCGCCCUUCCUGCCAGCACCGCCCAUGAGCAGGGUGGGGGAAGUCCCUCUCUUGGGGUUGCCUUUGCAGGAGCCGCAGGUAUACGCCCGUGCCUGGGGAGAUGGAACAUCUCCAUCCUCAGGCCUCUACGCGACUGUCUUACCUCAUGGAAAACAGGAAGCCCACGAGCUCCGGAAGCCGCAGGAUGUUUUAAUCUCCCUCCAAAGCGGCGCUUUCUCCUUUCCAGGCUUGGACUUUGGACCAAAGCAGUAUUCGUCCCCUGCCGGGGGCACCUCAUAUGCCUCUGAAGUUCAGCAACAGAAACCUACCUCCCUGCUGGCCCACCCACUGGAGGCCCUCAACCUCAGCACACCAAAGUUCUGCCCGCCGGCCGGCCGCCUGGGCACCACGCCCGUGCCCUACCCUCUGAAGAAGCAGAACGGCAAGAUCAAAUACGAGUGCAACAUCUGCACCAAGAGAUUCGGGCAGCUCUCCAACCUCAAGGUCCAUCUGCGGGUUCACAGUGGUGAGAGACCUUUUCAGUGCCACAUCUGCAAGAAAUGUUUCACUCAGCUGGCUCACCUGCAGAAGCACCACCUGGUGCAUACGGGCGAGAAGCCUCACGAAUGCCUGGUCUGCCACAAGCGCUUCAGCAGCACCAGCAACCUGAAGACCCACCUGCGGCUGCACUCGGGCGAGCGGCCGUACCAGUGCCGCCUGUGCCACUGCCGCUUCACCCAGUACGUCCACCUCAAGCUGCACAAGCGGCUGCAUGAGCGCAAGCGCCCGCACCGCUGCCCCAGCUGCCCCAAGACCUACAUCCACCCCUUCAGCCUGGCGCUGCACCGCCGCGGCUACUGCCCGCUGGCCCCCGGCGCCGCCGGCCCCCCCGCCCAGCUCGGCCACUUCAACGCCAUGAUCGACCACUUCGACUUCAGCCUGGACACCGAGCGCCUGGAGGGGGAAGGGGCCGACCCCGCCCGGGCUCCCGGGCUCCUGGAGAAUCUCAUCCUGAGGGAGCUGGAGACAGGCAGGCGUGGGCAGCUCCCCAGGGACAAGGGCCCCUGCUCGCCUGGCCUCCACAAACAGCUGCCACUCCUGCCCCUGCCCCUGCCCCACUACAGUGUCUCUGUCAAGCAGGAAGCCUUCCCACUGCAGCCGGCCUGAGCUGCUCGCUCUGCUGGGACUGGACUGGAUGCCAUGCCCAUUGGUUGCCUUUGGCUAGCUGUGGUCUCCUGGCCUCCUCUGGGCCAGGGCUAGGCAACCGACGAAGCCCUUACAGACUCCCGUGGGCUCUGUAGCUUCUCCUCCGGGUCCCACAACCCAGCCCUGGGUGCCAGGACCUGGGCUGGGGUACAGAAGCCUGGGAUUUUGAUAGGGGUCACGGAUGUGUCUGCAGGGUGAAGCGGGUGCCAGGGAGCUGUGAGUGUCACCUCCUGCUCUGCAGGCAGUGCUGGGAGGGGGCUUUGUUUCUCUCACUGGCCUCCCCAGUCUCAGCACUGACCGGGGGGGCUGACACCUGGGCUUUAAAUGAGCUCCAGCCCCGUAGCAGCACCCUCAGCCUAGGGGCCUGUAGGAUGCCCUGCAGGGACCCAGGGAAAGCAUGGACAGCCCAGCCCAGCCCAGCCCUUCCCUGGGUUCCUGGGAUCUCUCUCCAGGUCACGGGUAAGGUGCAGGCCAAGACUCACUCUGUCCCAGAACUUGGGAGCUGCCCGGUCUGCCCGGUCUGGGUUAUCUCCCUACCACGCCCACCAGGAGGCUUGGGUGGCAGGAACCUGGGCUGGCCAGGAACCAGCUCCGGUCAGCUCUGCCAUCCCAGUGGGACCUGAUUUCCUUCAGCACCACAGUGGCUUCCAGGCCCCAGGCCUUAUAUAGAGUUACCAAAAACUGGUAUCCGCCAAGCCCAUCCCAGCUCCAAAGCAGCCUCAGUGCCUGAAGGGGGCUCCUGCAGUCUCCUCUCCUGACCUCCGGGGUCACAGCCUGGGAAUCUGCGAUGAACCCUCCAAGUGCCACGUCUGGUCGUGCCCACGGCCCCUGGGGGUGCAAUCCAAGUGACGCGAAGGUACAAACCAAGGGGCUCCUCUCUCUGGUCUAUGGAAUGAGCUUUAACCUCUCAGGUCCCCCACCGUGCCUGUGGCGUGGCGGUGUAUAGGAGCAAGACUUCACUCCGUCUAUAGAAAGCUUUAAUCUCUCCAGUGCCCCUCGUGGGGGCAGGGAGCUGCACUCAGUACGAGCCAGGGACCCCAGCCUGGCCUAUGGAAAGAGCUUUAACUUCUCAUGUGCCCCCCCACCCCAUCUCGGGCUGUGACUCGGGCUGUGACGCACUUCCUGGUCUGUGACCUUCUCAGGUAUCCCCGAUGGGGCCCCCACCCUUGCAUUUGUCUGUGCCCUGUUUUUUUUAUUUCUUUCUCAGCCGGCUGCAACCCUGGCUUGGGCCUUUGUGUAUGUCUCAGGCCAUUUGCUGGCGUAGAGUGCAGCCAUGGAGGGCGUGAGAAAGUGGGGCCAGCGGGGGCCUGAUCCUGGGGGCAGGAAGGUGGCACCUGGGGUGGGGGGACAUUAAGCCCAUGCCCACGUUCUGCACCUGUUAGCGGCUAGAUUUCUGUCUAGUGCAGCCCCCCUGGGAUAUCUGCCCAGCCCUAUGGGAUAGGUUGGGCCCUCCAGCCUAGAUCACCCCAUGGGACACCCCACUACUUUCCUGCUCCCCACUCACCGGUCUGUCUCCUCACCCCAUAGCUCCUUCGCAUCCUUUCUCCAGCACCCUCCAUGGCCAGCAGCCUGCCUGCAUGUUUCAUGUUAGACCUGCUACUCUUCACUCCUGUAUCCCCCUUGCAUUCUACCCCCUGCCUCUGCACCUCCUGAUACCCUUCGUCCUCUAUAUCCUUCCUAGCUGCAGGCCUGGCCCUUCACUCCCUGCCCCCUGGUACCCACUGAGCUCCCUCCACAGCCUGCAAGCCAGGGCAAGUCACAUACCACUCUGGAGCCCACAGACAGACCCCACCUCAGGUGCCACAGCAGAAAUGUCUGCUGAUCGGAAACGCCCGGGAAAUGGAAGGGGCCAGGGCUGGGGAUUGUGAUUCCGAUGUUUCUAGUCAAUAAAAC